CCUCCUUACUUACCGUCGACCGUGCAUGCCUCUUCCCGCAAUGGAACGCGCGCGAUCGUAAAAAAUAAACUUAAUUUAAAAAAAAAAAAACCGAUACAAAUAAAAACUUUUUUGUGAAAUAAACUGUUUAGUGUUCCAUUUUUAAAUCACUAGGAUUCUGAAUACACCGCUUUGGAAAUUCGGAUUUUGAAAUUUUUGCAUCAAAUUUAAAAUACUUCUUUUUUGUGUGUGUGCGUGUGUGUGUGCAUAUUUUGUGUAUAUUUUACGAUUAGUCAAACUAUUGUUUAUUACCGAAAUAUCAUUUGAAGUGUUUGUGCAUUAAUUGUUCGUGGUUCAUUAAGAAAUUUUUGAAGCGCUGCCAACAUUGAAACAUGCUGACAAAGCCACUCGAGCAGAGAGGAACAUGAGACCAAAUUUGUAAGACGACACCGAAAUGGCACUUAGAAAAGAAUCCUUGGCCAUAAUCACGAUGUUGAUCAUAUGCAAUUACGUCCUAAGUUCAAACUUCGAUUCGAUACCAGAGAGCAUCAGAGUAAGAAAGUCCGUUGAUAACACCACUUCGAGGAGUAGCCUAAAAAAUUUAAACGAGACAAUGAAACAAAGCAAUAAUGAAACUGAAUUUGGAAGGCUUCUAGAUGCAACCGAAAUGACAACUGAAUAUGAUAAUUUCACUGAAGAGCCCUGCGUUGGCGACCGGGCCUUCUGCAAUUUGACCAGAGAGGAGUACAUGGAGAUGCUGAAUGAUUACGUGUUCCCUCAGCCCUACGAAUGGGUACUCAUAGCUACUCACGCCAUAGUAUUUGUGAUCGGGCUGAUAGGGAAUGCGCUUGUCUGCAUAGCGGUGUAUAGAAAUCAUUCCAUGAGAACUGUCACGAAUUAUUUCAUCGUGAAUCUGGCUGUGGCCGAUUUUAUGGUGAUAUUGAUAUGUCUGCCGCCGACUGUGCUCUGGGACGUCACCGAAACCUGGUUCUUUGGGACAGCCAUGUGCAGGAUCGUCCUGUACUUUCAGUCAGUGUCAGUGACGGUGUCAGUUCUGACGCUGACGUUCAUCUCUGUGGACCGCUGGUACGCUAUCUGCUUCCCGCUGAAGUUCAAGUCAACCACGGGCCGCGCCAAGACCGCUAUACUGAUUAUAUGGCUUCUAUCUCUACUAUUCAAUAUACCGGAAUUCGUGGUGCUUCAAGUGCAAACGAAGAUGCAGCUGCGCUUCAACGUGCAAUACUUCAUGCAGUGCGCUUCCACUUGGUCUGAUGAAAGCGAUCUGACUUGGCACAUCAUAAAGGCACUGUUUCUGUAUACAUUCCCGCUAUUGCUGAUGACGAUCGCGUACUGUCAAAUCGUACGAGUCCUUUGGAGAUCAGACAACAUUCCUGGCCACACUGAAUCCCACAAGCUGUGCAGCACGCAAACAGGGCAGAGCAAUUGGCUGGCGGCAUCUCGACGCACAACGCCAUCGAUCCACACGAACGCCUCCACCGAGGGUCAGCUUCGGUCACGGCGGAAGGCCGCCAAGAUGCUGGUGGCUGUGGUAGCGAUGUUCGCUGUUUGUUACUUCCCGGUACACCUCCUCUCUGUAUUAAGGGUCGCUUUUGACGUGCAACAAACAGACGUGAUGACCUGCAUCGCUCUGAUAUCACACGUGAUGUGUUACGCGAACUCCGCCGUCAACCCGCUGAUUUACAACUUCAUGAGCGGGAAAUUCCGUCGCGAAUUCCACAGAUCGUACUUCAAAUGUUUCUGCUGCUGUCACACCACGCCGGCGCCAGAACAGAAUGGGGCUUCGUUUGAGCCAAUCGGCAGUUCUAGAGCUCGGACCAUCCGCACCACGGUCCGACGGCACGACUCCUGCGUCAGCUAUCGACUCGCCCAUCUGUCACCGUCGAACCACAACAUUCACCGGGACUACAUUCAAAAUACGAACACGUCUUUUAUCGAGCCAAUGAACGGAAAUCGCAGGUCUAAAAUCAGGGACGAAUCGAUCAGCGACACCGCGACACGUUUCACGGUGACCACCGAUAUCCCUUGUAAAGAUUGACAGAAGGACAUACUCGUCUGCGACAUAAGGAAGAACGGAGUCGAGAACUAUAUAGCGAGGAGCACGAAUAGCAUCGAUUAUAAACCUUACUAUGAUUGCUUUAAGAGUCACGGUGAAGCUACGGAGGAAAGACACAGCGAUUGCUAUGAUUACAGAGCGACCGAUAGUGAUUUGUUUACGGUCGACGACUGUAAGGAUCCGAAAUUUAAAUUUAAUCGCAGUUUGAACAGUUGUCAAAUUAAGAACAAGAAGAAAUUUAAUGUGGCGUUCUGAUUUUUCGAUUCUGUUUUCUAGUUUCGAGAUGAAAUCGAAACGUCUGUGUAAAUAAAUCUGGCUAGUGUAACUAAAAAAGUGCGUGCGUAUAAAGUACACAUGUCAGAAGUGAAACUUUUUUGGCGAACUAAUUUAUAAGUCUUGCUUAAAUUUAUACAAAUCUAAAACUUUAGAUUUCCGAGACUUAGAUUAAGGGAAAAAGGAAGAUAUGUUCCCGCCAAAAGUUUGUCAAAUGUCAAUCUCAAACCUCAGUGUUGACAGUCACAUUAUGUUUAGAUUUCUAAAUUGUAAAUGACCAAUAUUUUGCCAAUUGAAUUGACUAAUUUAAUUUCAUGCUAUUUGAUUAAUGUUCCAAAUUAUUUUCAUUUCAGUUCAAUUACUAUUAACAUUUUUCAAAAAAAAAUUAUAAAAUAUUAGGCUGUAUGGUAUGAUACAUUUGCCUUUCCAGUUGGAAAAAUACAACAACUACUACUACUGACAUUUGACAAGUACUUAAUUUCAAUAGUAGUUUGAUGUCACUUCCGUUGCAUACCUGCGUGACGUUCUGUAAAAAUUUUACCCUCAUGCGCCUAAAGAAGUUUCACUUCAAAAAUAUUUUUAGUAUACGAAAUUGAAGUUGUAUAUGUUACCAAAGAUUUAUUUUUCUUCUCCUAAAUAUAUUAUGAGAUAGUGUAAAAUUUGUAGAAUACGAUUUUGCUCAGUACGGGCUAUUAUAGAUUUUAGAUGGCGAAGAUUCAUCAUCAUAUUAUAAUAAUAUCAUUAUAUUUAAAUAAGAUGUAUAUAAAUCUAUAACAUCCUUGAAUGUUUACAAAAUUUAUCACAGACUAAUAUCUUAUCUCGUUUUUUUUACGUAGCAAGUCUCAAAAGCUAUACAAGGACAUUUUAUAUUUUGUGACUUUCACAAUGAAAUCUUUUUAUUCAACGGUGUUAUGGACACUUUUGUCGGUUUCAAUUUUAAACUUUCAACACUUGAAGCUACUAAAACUACCCAGAAUUCUCCAACAAUUGUUCAUAAUUCGUGGGGGAGAAGACUUCAAAAUUCUUAAAGAAUUUUAGGCAGUAAAUUUUCUCUACCACCAGGGACGAAUUCCUAGGUAAGUUUAAUGUUAUAGAAAAGAUGAGUUAAUUCCAAGCUAAGUCUGCGUAUACUAGAAUACUCUUGCCUUUAACAAAUAAUUCUAAUGUUUUCCUUUUGAGGAGAAGCUUACUUCGUGUGAUAGUUUUGUUUGUGAUCUUUUAUAUUUAUUUUAUCUUUGUAAAUAAUUUAUCUUUCCACAAAUAUAUUUUAUAAAGUUACGGUUCGAUUUCGACUUUUUGACAGCUACCGUCCGUAAUUCGAAAAUCGUAAAUUAGGUUGUAUUUUAUUUUAUUAUUUUUAUGUUGUGUCUUUGACCAGUUUUAUUUUUUAGUGCCCUUGUGGCCCAAGUGGUGGUGAGUGGUUACCGUCGCCCAUGGACAUCGAUACCAGGGGCAGAGCCAAGCCGCUGCCUACGGCUAAAAUCCAAAAGCAUAGAUAGGUUGCGAACUUUUUGUUUCAAGGUCUCCAGACAUUUUUGGUCUAGACGAUUGAGCAUAAAUGACGUCAAAUAUUUUGUGUAUCACAAUGUGAGAUUGAAUUCUCAAUUGUAUUGUAGUAUUGCUGCAUUCUUCAAGUCGAAAGUGUGCUUAGUGCGAGUUUUUUAACGUUCUCGAUAGCGUAAAAGUUAACUCAAAAGUUAACUUGUUAAACAAUAAAUUGCAUUUUCAAUAUCUGGCGCGAAGCAGCCAUCUGUGUGCUCAGCGUGAACUUUUUAACGUUCUCGAUAGCGUUAAAGUUAACUCAAACUUGAUUUGGAAUGUUUGCCUACGUUUGCCGCUAGGGGCGCUGUUCCAACUCCAUACCAAUUUGAGUAAACUUUAACACUAUCGAGAACGUUAAAAAGCUCACUGUAACCACACAGAUGACUGCUUCGCGCCAGAUAUUGACAAUGUAAUUUAUUGUUGUACAAUAACAAACAAUAAAACCGCUGGUAAAUCUAAAAUUAACACAGAGAUAUCGUUACGACUGUUACCAGCUACGUAAACAAACGUUUUCAUUAACAACUAGGCUAAUGUUUACAAGCAAUGUAAAUUGUAUUUGUAAAGUUCUUUGACCUCGUGAGAAAUCGGUCAGAACGUUUCCCUCUGGGGAUGAAUUCACUUUGUUGGGUUUUUUUUUCUCUACGCCAUGACAUGAGCUUAAUGAAACAGCCGAUUCAAACGAUGCUGGAAAUACCUUUUUUUUUCAGUGACGCAUGAGCGAGAUCAUGACCCACCUGAUUUUAAUUGAUUUCUGAAACCUAACAGGGCAAGAGUAGAUAUAAGUGUAUGACUCAAUUGAAUACCAGCUGUCCCAGUUUUUAAACAGGAAUUACCGUAGAAAUACGCGGCAUCACCUACCCGACCGCAGACAAGACAAGACGACAUACCAUCUAUAAUUACGCAAACUACAAUGUUUGCGAACAUGAUUUUUCUUGCACGAUCAUCAUGGAAGUUCAUUGGCGAACAUGUGGUAAGCUUAUUAUAAUAUACUAGCGACCCGCCCUCGCUUCGCUUCGGAAACAUGAAAUUUUAUUAUUAAUUAUUUACGACAUCACAUUAGAAACCUCGAAAAUAACAGUAUUUCUCCACUAUUUAAUGAAUGUUAUUAAACCUUCCUCUUCAAUCACUCUAUCUAUUAAAAAAAACCGCGUCAAAACCCGUUGCGUAGGUUUAAAGAUUUAAGCAUACAUAGGAACAGAUAUAGGGACAGAGAAAGCGACUUUGUUUUAUACUAUGUAGUGAAGUAUUUUCAAUUUGCGAAAAUUGGGGCAAGCGUCGUUAAAUAAUAAGCUAGACAUAUAAACACGAACAGUCUAAUUUGAAUGAGAAUAUUUCGAUGUUCCUGAAAAUUCUCACGAGCUGUGGACGUGAUCAGAAUAAGCGUUCUCUUUUAAUUUCGCGUUUAUUCCUGUGAGAUCAUUAAAAAAAAAAUUAUUAAGCUUGUGAAACAAUCAUAAGAAUUAAGUGAACGUAAGUUUAAAGUGUAUUCGUAUUCUUGAGUACGCGAUUUGUAAAGCCUCACAAAAUACAACUUAAUUUGACAUUACUACAGAAUUCUAUUCUAUCAGCCCAUGGACGUCCACUGCUGGACAUAGGCCUACCCCAAGCCUCGCCACAGAGACCGGCCCUGUGCUGCCUGCAUCCAGCGGAUCCCCGCGAACCUCAAUAGGUUGUCGGCCCACCUUGUGGGAGGCCUACCCACGCUACGUCUUCCAGUACGCGGUCGCCACUCAAGAACCUUCUGGCCCCAACGGCCAUCCGUUCCGCGAGCAAUGUGUCCUGCCCACUGCCACUUCAGUGUCGCAAUCCUUUGGGCUAUGUCGGUUACCAUGGUUUUCCUGCGAAUCUCCUCAUUUCUGAUUUGAUCUCGCAGGGAAACUCCGAGCAUAGCCCUCUCCAUUGCUCUUUGGGUGACCUUGAGCCUUCUCAUAAGGCCAUUGUGAGCCCAUUGUGAGCGACCAUUCACAUUGACACAAUUCUAAGAAACACCCUGUGUAAUUUAUAUAUAUAUACAGUAUGUGUUAAUUGCAGAGGCAAAAGCAAGGACAAUAUUGUUUUAUUAUUUGAAGCGCUUGAUAAUAUUAUCCUAGAGUCUAAAGCCAAGACAGUUAAUUUACGUAACCUGAGCUUAUGGGCGAGUGGUGGCACAUUUACGUUGCAUAUGUCUAUGGGCUCCAGUAGCCACUUAACACCAGAUGGGCUGUGAGCUCGUACACCCAUCUAAGCAAUAAAAAUAAAAACAUUUUCUCUCUUUUAUUAUGAACCUCAACUUAUAGUCCAUAAUAAUAUGCCUCGACAUUAAGCAUCUAUGAUUUCAACUUUGAGUAUAAGUAUUCUGUAAAUAAUCGAUAGAGUUAUUAGUUAUUUUGAAAAUUAAAUCGUAUUCUUUUGAACAUUAAACAAAUAGAACUAACUAGUCAAAAUUUCGUGUGAAAUCGAUUUUGGUUGUGUCUGGUAUUGUGAGUGUGAUAGAGGAAUAUAUUUCUAUAUUGAUGGAAAGUACCACAUAGCCUAUAGUUUACAGUAGGAUGUCUUCAGUCCCCUGAUGUAUAUAUCUAUCACGCUUGCAUCAACAAAACACUUGAGUGCAGUUUCUUCAUCAUUUUCGAAGCCGGCUUUUUUUGGUUUAACUCUCAGAGCGCGAACCGUCGAUACAUAGACUCUAUUAAUGCGUAUAAAGUGCGAAGCGUCGGAAUGUCGACUCUUGUGCAGUUUUCUUUUUUAUUUAUUAAAUAAAUACAGUUUGUAAAAAAAUACAUAUUUGAUUUGAAUAGUUUAAUAUGUCCCUUGCAUAUAACAGAAAGAAUUAUGAAAAUUCAUUUACUUUUUGAUGAAAAUAAUCAAGUUUCUGUGCAAUUAUGCGGUACUUUUUUCAAAUAUCCUUUAGCAAUUUUUGGAAAAUAUGUGAAGAUAAACUCAGAACUAAAAUGGUUAUAAUCUAUGGACGGGACGAACUUAAGUUUUUUUUUUCAAAACAAAAAUUAAUGUAAAUUGUUGGUUUUUUUUAAUUUAAAACCGGCAAUAAUAAAAAGGAAAAUGUGUUUUUUUUUCGAAUUUCAAUCAUUUCACGUUAUAUUAUAAUAUUAAAUAGUUAAAAAGAAAUAUGUGUGUGUAAUAUAUUAUUAUAUGUGUAAAAUAAAUAAUAAAAUUUAUGUCAUGUAUUC